CAGCGCCAUGUCCGUGAGCGUCCGCGACUACAUCGGGAAAGUCCUUCGGGACUUGACGGACGACGAGUUCCGGAGGUUCAAGGCGAACCUCCGCGACUACCAGGUCGGGCCGGGCUACGAAAACAUCCCCCGAGGGCAGCUGCAGAACGCGGACGCGCUGACAGUGAGCGACCUGCUGAUCAGUUACUACUGCGAGGACUACGCCAUGGAGGUGGCGUCCGCGGUGUUGAUGGCCAGCAACUGCAUGCCCCAGGCGCAGAUGCUUCUCGGCCGCUAG